AUGGAGCAAUAUACCUUGGUUUCUUAUGCUGCAGCAGCAUGGGUAGCCAUGGUAGUGUUCCUCGUCUUCGGCCGACGUCGCAGCAAACUCAACCUACCUCCCGGUCCCAAAGCGUGGCCCAUCAUCGGUAAUUUCAACCUCAUAGGCGCUCUGCCUCAUCGUUCCACGCACGAGCUAGCUCAAAAAUACGGUGACCUCAUGCACCUCAAAUUCGGUUCAUAUGAUGUCGUCAUGGCAUCAUCCGUGGAGAUGGCUAAAGUCUUUCUCAAGACCAUGGACGCCAACUUCAUCUGUCGCCCAAAAACCGCAGCUGGCAGGUACACCACUUACAACUACAAAAACAUGAACUGGGCCCCUUACGGAGCUUACUGGCGGGAAGCCCGUAAAAUGUUUGUGGUGGAGCUGUUCAGCGCGAAACGACUGGAUUCGUUUGAGUACGUCCGAGUGGAGGAGAUAAGGUCGCUUAUGAAGACGAUUCAUCAGCAUUAUUCAGCGGCCGGCAAGGAGCUUGAGCUGAAAGAUAUAUUGUUGAAGGUGAACUUCAACGUGAUCAGCCGAAUGGUGUUGGGGAAUAAUUAUACCGACGAAUUGAUGAGCGAGGAGGGAUUUAAGAAGAUGUUGGACGAAGUGUUUAUACUGAACGGGGUGCUCAACGUUGGGGAUUGGAUACCGUGGUUGGCCUUGAUGGAUCUCCAAGGGUACGUUAAGAGAAUGAAGAAGGUGGCCAAAACCUUUGAUAUAUUUCUUGAGCGCAUGUUGAACCAGCGCGCUGAAAGGAGAAACGCCAAGGAUUUCGUUUCCGUGGAUAUGGUUGAUUUGUUGCUGGAUAUGGCGGAUGACCCCAACCGAGACAUCAACCUAGAUAUGGAAUGCGUCAAGGGACUUACUAUGGACUUGCUUAACGGUGGAACAGAGAGUUCAGCGGUAUCAGUUGAAUGGGUGAUGGCGGAACUUCUAAAGAAUCCAGAGAAAUUGGAAAAGGUAACGCAAGAGCUAGACCGUGUGAUCGGGAAAGAUAGAUGGGUGGAAGAGAAGGACCUGGUCAACCUUCCUUACGUCAAAGCAGUGAUGAUGGAGUCAAUGAGGUUACAUCCAGUGGCACCCAUUCUGAUUCCCAGAAGGACACGUGAAGAUUGUAAAGUCGCUGGUUACGACAUUCCAGAGGAUACCCGGGUGUUUGUAAACGUGUGGACGAUAGGAAGAGAUCCUAAGGUGUGGGAGAAGCCUGAAGAAUUCUACCCUGAGAGGUUUAUCGGCAAGGAUAUGGAUGUUAAAGGUAACAACUUUGAACUAUUGCCGUUUGGUGCGGGGAGAAGGAUGUGCCCUGGUUACAACUUAGGGCUAAAGGUCAUCCAAUCAACCUUGGCUAAUUUGAUCCAUGGAUUUAACUGGAAACUACCUGGUAACAUGACAAGCGAGGAUUUAGAUAUGCAGGAAGUAUUCAAACUGUCCACCCCCAAAAAUAUCCCACUCGUUUGUAUUGCUCAGCCAAGACUUCCACUUAAAAUGUACUAG